CGGAAGAGAGUGAGGCGACCGACCGAAGUUUUACAGAGACACUAACUUGGCUGUGAGUCUGUGAGCCGCCGCACUAGCGAAGAAGCCCGGCUGUGAAGUUUUUGUGGUGCAACACUGCUCCUCAUUCUCCGUCACAUUUUGUGGAUUUAGAGGACUUAAAACAUGUAUAUAAUUUGCUUGUGCCAUUCGUGAAGUUCUUGUGGAUUGCCUGAUGCGGUUUGAAGUUACAAAAGAAAUGACCUAAUUCCACAACAAAGUGAAACAGAUUGGUGUGUGUGUGUAGUGUGCAUUCGGUGGGUGGACGGACAGGAUUCACGAACUGCUUUUAUUUUCGCGAAAAGACUAUCUACCUCUUUAUUGCACUUAUCCUUUUGUCAUCACAUCGUCCAGCAAGAAAUUUUAUGUUGCCCCACAGUUGAAUAUCUGGAUGAAAUACGACUAAUAACUACGAGGUGAUCGGUUUGCCAAAUAUCUGGAAAAAUAAGAUACAUGGCAACUAUCCCAUAUUUGUAACUGUGACGUCACAAGGCGGGUCCUUGGCUGGGUCACGUGUUUGUUUGUUUCUUAUUCUUUUGUGGUGGUAUAUCCUUUUAAGGACACGAUGAAUACAAACGCGGCGCCCGUUGUCGCCCAGAGCGUGACGGUCGUGCGGCCCAACAGCUCGUUCGACUGCAGCAACAUGAUCUACACAAUCACGAAGGUGGCCGCCGUCAUUAUAAUUUCUGGCUUUGGCGGCGUCCUGCUUCUCCUUGGAGUCGUGCUGUAUUCCGCUGAUGACUUCUUCCAGACAAACUCCAUCAUUAUGAUCGUGUUUGGAAUGGGCCUGAUUACCAUUGCCAUCAUAAUCUGCGCCAAGGGGAAGCCCUGCCGUGGCAACAGCUCUGGUCGCAUCAUCCAGAGGAACAACGCAACACCGCAGGUGGUGACCCAGCAUCUCCCGGCGACCGUCCAGUACCCCACGACGGGUUAUGUGGCGGUCACAUCGCAGACUUAUUCUCCCGGGGUGGCCGGUCAGGCAGCGGCGCCCUCGGCUUUCCCUGCUCCUGCCGGUGGAUUUUCCGCUAACUAUACUUACACGUCGGGAGAUGGAAAAGGUCCUUUACCCGCGUACCCUGCCUCCACAGCUGGGACAUACCCACAUGGUGCAUACCCACUUGGUCAAAAUCAAGGUGAUGCUUACCCACCCGGUCAACAUCCUCCUGGUUUAUACUCACCUGGGGUAUACCAACCUGGUGCUUCUCCAGCUGGUCCAUACCAACCUGGUGCACCUCCAGCUGGUCCAUACCAACCUGGUGCACCUCCAGCUGGUCCAUACCAACCUGGUGCACCUCCAGCUGGUCCAUACCCCCCCUCGAAUACCUCAGCUCCCCCGGCAGUUCCCAACCUCACUGCCCCAGAAUAUCAGCCUCCGCCUCCGUUUGCUCCGACAGAGAAGCCUCCUCCUUACUCAUACUAAGACUGGGUCGGCCUUUCUUGAAGAUCCACUCCCUCCCCCUCCCCCUCCCUUUCUCCCUUUUUCCCUUUCUCGUGUGCUGGGUGGUGAAGCUGAUCUGCGUUCAAAUCCCUCGCCGCCAGUGGAUGGUAACCCCGGCCAUUCCUUGCACACAGGGGAUAACUUAGAAGCAAAUUGAAACAGACAACAUGUCACACCAAGAAUAUCCAUUGUAACAAAUGGAAUCAAACUAAACUUUAACUUUAACUCCCUUUCUCCCUUUCUUCCUUCUUCCCUUCCUCCCGAAUUCUGUGGUGGUAGAAGUCUUGAAUUUCUUCACUCACCAAUCUUUUUUGUUUUAUGAUGAUAUUUUUUGUUUUUAUUAUUAUAAUUAUUGUUGUCAUUAUUAUUAUUAUCAUUGUUAUUAUUAUCUUUGUUAUUAUCAUUAUUAUUAUUAUCAUUGUUAUUAUUAUCUUUGUUAUUAUCAUUAUUAUUAUCAUUAUCAUCACUGUAAUUUCCCUCAUUAUUAUUCUUGUUCCAAUUUCCACCUUCAUCGUUACCACUCAAAGUUGUACCAGCAAGAGAGAAAUCCCAUCGUUAAACACACUGUGGAACAAGCGCUCAGUAUUACUCAUUUUCCUCAGGGCUUUCUUCCCGACUCAAGUAACUUAGGGACCAAGAAUGAGUGAAUGAGAUGAAUUUGGAAGUUAGGAGGAAGAAAAGAAACAUUGGUACACUUUAUAGCUCAGGAAGUGUCAAAAAAAACAAACAAACUAUUUACUCUUUGUUUCAUUAUUAUUAUGAUUUUUGGGCAGUGGUGCUAUCAGAAUAAUUAUUCUCAUUAUUGUUAUGUUAUGCCUGUGGCUAUCAAUGUUACUAUUGUUUGCAUUAUUAUUUUAUUAUUGUUAUUUUUCACUACCAUUAUUGUUAUCAUUAUAAUAAUGAUAAUCAUAAUAAUCACUGUUAUUAUUAUUUUUAUGAAGUUGCAGAGCCAAAUGUGUAAGAUUUCCAUGCUGUGUAUCUUAGAUAAGUGUUGCAGAUUCUCAGUUUUCCUGUGAAGUACACAGACAGGAUAUAAAGGUUACAUUUUCUGCAAGAGUCAGAAGUGCCUAAACAUUUAUGAUGAUUAAUACCGUUCAUUGAUGAAGGAAUUGAAGUCUGUAACAGGGGCUUCACACAAACACACGUACACACACACACACACACUCACUCACUCACUCACUCACUCACUCACUCACUCACUCACUCACUCACUCACUCACUCACACACACACACACACACACACACACACACACACACACACACACACACACACACACACACACACACACACACACACACACACACACACAGAUUCACACUCACACUCACAUACUCAAUCUCACACACACACACCCGCCGCGCGCGCGCAUGUACAUGUAUAAUUUAGAUAUACAUACAUGCAAACAUACAUGUGUUUUGUCUUUUGUUUUGUACUGGUCACUGGGAAUACUGGGAAGUUUUUGAGUUACUUAAUUUAUGCCAUAAAAUAAACAACAUAUUUGAGUUACUUAAUUUAUGUCAUAAAAUAAACACAACAUAUUGGUGCUUGUCAUCGCGGAAAUGGAAUACGUGUUACCUGGAGUAAACCGAUUGACUCAGGAACGUCGUUAUAUCCAAUGGUGUGACAAAAUUGCAACGUUUGUACAAAGAUGAAAUGAAACACAACCGCAAUGUUAAAGAAAACGUUAAGCCUCGAGACGUUUCGAGUCCGACCAGACACCUCAUCAGACGGUUGAUAUGUUUUCCCUGUCAGUUUUCCUUAGUAUUGUGGCUGAUAUUUUCAGUUCAUUGAAUCAUAUGCUAAUUAGUUUUCCUUUUGUGAAAUAGAUCAAAUUAUAAAUUGGUGUUCAUUACGUAAGAAUGAACAAUAGAUUUGCAAAAUUGUGAUAUAUUUAGUGAUAUUGUCGGCUUUGUAUUUUGUACUUGAAUUACAGAAUAGUGAAAUAAAUAA